AGGCCGCUCGGGUUUGUUUUGCUGCGCGGCCGCCGCCGCCGCCGCCGCCGCCGCGGGCCCGGAGCUCAUUUGUGCCUGGCUGGUCCCCGCGCUCCCCGGUGCCGAGCCGGAGCCGUUGGCCGCUCGCGCGCUUGGCUCUCUCCCUUAGUAACAGCUCCCCUCCUGCCUCGGUGCUGCGCCCUGCCCCCGCGCCCCUCCCCCGCCGGACCCGCCGCCCGGCUGUCAGCGCCCGCACCCCAGGGCGCCUAGGGGUGCCGACGGCGGCCAGGAGGGGAGCGCCGCGCGUCCGGGAGGGGACAGCGUCGCCAAGCAGCCUCAGCAACUUGUGUUUGGUGGUCAGAUAUCCAGUUGUACAUCCUCACAUCAAUGCACUGCCAAUGGGUUAUAUCCUGUGUUGUGACCUCAUGGUUUAAGUGGGAAUAAAGAUGAGUAUAAGCAGUGAUGAGGUCAACUUCUUGGUAUAUAGGUACUUGCAAGAGUCAGGAUUUUCUCAUUCCGCGUUUACCUUUGGUAUAGAGAGCCAUAUAAGUCAGUCCAAUAUAAAUGGUGCCCUUGUCCCACCUGCUGCAUUGAUCUCUAUCAUCCAGAAAGGCCUACAGUAUGUAGAGGCAGAAGUUAGCAUAAAUGAGGAUGGCACCUUAUUUGAUGGCCGACCCAUUGAGUCUCUGUCCCUGAUAGAUGCUGUUAUGCCUGAUGUAGUCCAAACAAGACAACAAGCCUACAGAGACAAGCUUGCACAGCAGCAUGCAGCUGCUGCUGCAGCUGCCGCUGCAGCCACUAACCAGCAAGGAUCUGCAAAAAAUGGAGAGAAUACAGCAAAUGGGGAGGAGAAUGGAGCACAUACCAUCACAAAUAAUCACACCGACAUGAUGGAAGUAGAUGGGGAUGUUGAAAUCCCUCCCAAUAAAGCAGUUGUGCUUCGGGGCCAUGAAUCUGAAGUUUUCAUCUGUGCCUGGAACCCUGUUAGUGAUCUCCUGGCAUCAGGGUCUGGAGACUCCACAGCAAGAAUAUGGAAUCUCAGUGAGAACAGCACAAGUGGCCCCACGCAGCUGGUGCUCAGACACUGCAUACGGGAAGGAGGACAGGAUGUUCCCAGCAACAAGGAUGUCACUUCUCUAGAUUGGAAUAGUGAAGGUACACUUUUAGCAACUGGGUCAUAUGAUGGAUUUGCCAGAAUAUGGACUAAAGAUGGUAAUCUUGCCAGCACCUUGGGGCAGCAUAAAGGCCCUAUAUUUGCAUUAAAAUGGAAUAAGAAAGGAAAUUUCAUCCUAAGUGCUGGCGUAGAUAAGACUACCAUUAUUUGGGAUGCACACACUGGUGAAGCUAAGCAGCAGUUUCCUUUCCAUUCAGCCCCAGCACUGGAUGUUGACUGGCAGAGCAACAACACCUUUGCAUCUUGUAGUACAGAUAUGUGCAUUCAUGUCUGCAAAUUAGGACAAGACAGACCUAUCAAAACAUUCCAGGGACACACGAAUGAAGUAAACGCUAUCAAAUGGGACCCAACUGGCAAUCUCCUGGCCUCGUGUUCCGAUGACAUGACCUUGAAGAUUUGGAGUAUGAAGCAAGAUAACUGUGUCCAUGAUUUGCAAGCACAUAAUAAAGAAAUUUAUACUAUUAAAUGGAGUCCAACAGGACCAGGGACAAAUAAUCCAAAUGCCAACCUUAUGCUAGCAAGUGCAUCCUUUGAUUCUACAGUUAGGUUAUGGGACGUAGACCGAGGGAUUUGCAUCCAUACUUUGACAAAACACCAAGAGCCCGUGUACAGUGUGGCUUUCAGUCCUGAUGGCAGAUAUCUGGCAAGCGGUUCUUUUGACAAGUGUGUGCACAUCUGGAACACACAGACAGGUGCUCUAGUUCACAGUUACAGGGGAACAGGUGGGAUUUUUGAAGUUUGCUGGAAUGCAGCAGGAGACAAAGUUGGAGCCAGUGCAUCAGAUGGUUCAGUUUGUGUCUUAGACCUUCGGAAAUAGCGUUACUAGUUGGAAGCCAUGGACCGACUAUGAAUGUGUACAUAGCCACAAGACUAUCCCUGCCCCACGUACUGCUAUAGUCCCACUUGAACCAUGGCCAGUCCACUACAGCCAAAUCUAAGAGAAAUAGAUACAUGCAGUGUAUAUGAACACAGCUGUACCCUGAAGAUGACAGUCUCAUCCCAGCUUGUGAAUUCUGCUCACCAAGUGCUGGGAUCUAACCUGCUGUGCCCCUAAGUAGCAUUUAGAAGUUUGGAUAUGAAAAGCAGAAGAGAUGGAAUGUGCGUUAUAAGAGCAAACCACACAUGUACCAGUUUUGGAUAUUAUGACAGCCUUGUUUCUCCCCUUUAAAUCAGCAGACACCAUGGAUUAUAUUCUUUUCCCCUUCAGUAGUGCGCAGUUUGUGUGUACAGAGAACAUGGACUUAACAAAAACGCGAGGCAGUAGUUUGUUCUUGCUUUCAAGUUUGUUUUGGUUUAGAUUAUGGAUGCAUGAAGUAAGGGAGUGAAUCAUUUUCUUGCUUUUAUUUUUCCUCACCUUUUAAAGAAACAAAAAAAUAUUUUACUGCAUUCUUUGGAAAAGGUAGAUGUUUGGUACAUUUUAUGGCUCCCAGAGCAUAUAUUCAGUUGGUGCAUAUUGUGGAGGAGUUGGAAUUAAAGGAAACCACAUGACUCUCGUCAUGUUAUUCUCUAAGACACAUCAGCAAAGGGUAUUAUGUUAUCUUUGUUUUGGGUUUUUUGUUUUUGUUCUGUGUGUGUGUGUGUGUGUGUGUGUGUGUGUGAGAGAGAGAGAGAGAGAGAGAGAGAGAGAGAGAGAGAGAGAGAGAGAGAGGUGGCUUAAAUAAAAUAGUUUCUUCUUGGGGACGCAUUUCUGCCAACUAAAGACUAGAAGGGCACAAUUUUUUUUUUAAAUACCAUAAAGAAGAGACAUUUUUAAAAAAAAUUCUUCUGGUGUUUUGUAGCCAUAACAAAAUUAUGGUCAAAAUGUGCACUAUUGUGAGAAGGAGCAACAUAGUUUGGGGCUUUUAUUUUUAUUUUUUAUUUUACCAUUUGUCUGUUUUACUUGUUUCUUAAGAGAUUAAAAUGUUUCUGGAUAAGGAUUAGCUUCUCAAAGUGUCCAUCAUUCUGUAUAGAAGCUUAAAUAUGUAAUGUAACCAGAUUCCAGUAUUAAAAAUCUCACGUUUUCUUUUUACAAAGCAAGAAUAUGGCAUAUAACACUGCCAUCACAUGGCAAAAUGUUUGCUACCUUAGUUUUAAAAACAACUUUUAAAGGCUUGCUUUGAGGUGUUUGAGUAGCAGUGACUGAGAAUUUAGGGAGAAGUGUGGCCGCUGUGCCUGCAUCUGUGGUGCCGAGGCUACACUUUGUCAAGCAACAUAGAUCUAAGCUGCUGUUUUUCCAGUAAUCACUACUAUAUCAUGUCUUUGACUCUGUUUAUAUCAAGUAUUUUUUUAAAGAUAGAAGUAUCCAAUCAAAUCUCUUCUUGUGCUCAGCUAAAAGUAAAAUAUACCUACAAAUAUUCACCAGAGGCCAUGUUUGUGAAGGUGGUUAAGAAGACAGUCAAGAUUAACAGAAGAAUCCAGGCAUGUCAGUUCUGAAGAGAACAGUUGUCAAAUUUAUAUCUUUAAAUUUUUUAUUAAGAAAUUGCUUAGCAAAUUUAUAACACUAUUUGUGCAACUAGUUAUUUUGAGGCCUUCGACUCCCGAGUCCCACCUGUGUUCUGUCUAAGCGGCUCUAACCCAGCCCCGCAGCUUUGAAGCUCAGUAUCUGCUGCUUUGCUCUUUACAAAACAGCAUUGGUUGAUGAAAGUCUUGGCUUCACUGAGGUAGGGUAGCAUUUGUUUUUGGUGAAGAGGAUGAAUACACUUAAAUUUCACUAUACAUUGUUAUAUCUCCCCCAUUGUUGUUAGUGGGGACUAUGAUACUGUAAUAAUAUUUUUAAAAUUUGCAUCCAGAGAGGCAGUCAUUUAUGGUUUGUGCCAGGUAUUUUUAGGGUUGGAUCACACUGAGAUGUUUAGAGCUCACUGCUCUGGGGCUCUGUAGGAAAUCUACACAAUGCCGAGUGUCUGGCACUUGAGAUUCUGCUUUUACUUCGAGAGGGUCACAUCUGUUGGCCUCUGUUGUUGUUUAAAAAAAAAAAUAAGUAAAAAAAAUCUGUGCAAUAAUUUUUAAAUGUGCUCCCAGGAAUAGACACAAACGUUUUGAGUAUGCCUCAGCUGCAUCUCCUUCAGCGAUGCAUUUGUCAAUUGCACUGAAUCUAAACCUGAAGGUCAGAGGUGAUAAUUGAUAGUGCUUUUGUAUUUUGAUAUGGACAUUUUGUUCAUUUGCAUACAGUCAUUGACAUUCUUCCCAGCUGAUUCAAAGACAGUCACAAAUUCCUGCAAUAUAGCUGCCAAAAUGGCAGCUGAAUUUUACGAUAUUGUCUUGCUUCCUGUUGGGUGUGUUUGUUGGUUUGGCUUCUUUUCCUAAUUCUUUCUUUGGCUGUUUUACUUUAGCACCUAGCUGUGAUAGGAUGUGUAACAGAGCGUGAGUGCAGAACUUUGCUAUCCUGAAGCCGUGGGUCCUCCCGUGCAGACUUGUCUGAAGGUGUCCAUCUUUAGGCUGUUUCUUUGUGAGCAUAGGACUGGGUGCUUUGCUGCUCUUCUCUCUGUCACCGUAGCCUGCUGACGUGCCACAAUGCUGCUCCACAGACACCGCACCGUGUCUCCACCCGAGCAGUCAGAUGAUCAUGGGAGACCAUGUCAUACAGCAUAGGAAGUUCUGUCUUGGGGAUUUUUUUUUUUUUUUACUUUCCCUCUUGUCUUUUUCUGAGAGCUUACUCUGAAGAUCCACUGAGUCCAGGAGUCUUUCUAUGGUGUUCAUUUAGAUCAUUUUUAUAUACUUUACUGUAAGGAACUUAAUCAUAAGGAAAGAGAAUAAGGAGUCUUAAAUGAAAACUCUUUGAUUAAAGUAGACUAGAGGGAGCAGCCUUAAAAGGCAUGAAGGAAUCUGCUCUCCAUGUGAAGACCCCUGGAGAUGUAGAUUUGCCCCUGUUUCUGUUUUCCAUGAUCAGGUAAUAUCAUUGACUUUCAAAUGACUUUAGAAGUGGUAACUGGAAUAGGUCUUAGAGUGUAGCAAAUUCUGUUUUCAUGAGUUAUCCUCUAGGUGAGUAUGUUUUAGGAUUAAACACCUUUUACAGAUACUGAAAGUGCCUCCUUUUGUGGUAUAAAAAAAAACAAA